UUUCAACCCAAACGUACGAAAAUUUGAUUGCGUUAAAUUAAGGGAAGUUCUAAGCUAGAACUAACCUUCAACUGGGAGGGCAAACUUUCAGACUUGACACCUCUUCUUAAACUUGAACUUCAUGAACUUCAGAACUUGAUCGUAACGCCGGCGACGACGCGCGUGUCGCCACAUGAGAACCUCGAUGCGUUCUUCUGGUUCUUCAGCAUGGGCAUCUGCCUGGGCUCAGGUCGCAACGGGCACGUGCUAACGGGCAGCAAGCACAGCGGGGGCCUCGCUCCCCUCGUGAUCGGCGGGGGGAGCGGGAUGACGGAGAGAGGGGGUGAGGGGAUCGAGGCCAUGGAGCUCACCCCCACCUCCCCCAACUACCCCUCACCCCCCAUCGACACCCCAGCCCCCGUCAUAUUCUUCUUAGGUGGCCCCGGCAGCGGCAAGACGACCUACGCACAGAAUCUGGCGGACAUACACGACAGAUACCGACAUGUUAACAUGACUCUGGUGAUCACGCAGCAUGUCAGGGAGAAUGGACUGGGCCCCCCCGAGCACGUGCCGCCCCCCAUCGCGCUGGCCCUGCUGGCGCGGGAGCUGCACGCCGCCCCCCGCACCGCUGCCUUCCUUGUCACGGGAUACCCGCGCACCCUUGACGACCUCGACACCUACGUCGAGAAGCUGGGCAGGCCAGCUGGUGCUGUGCUCAUCGAGUGGGACCGCCUGGCGCUCGUCCGCAAUAUUGAGCUGGGCCACGUGGAGGGCGCCAUAUUACUGGACUACGACCAGCCCAGGACCAGUCGUCCCAGAACCGCGACCAGCAGAGGUAACUCAGCUGGGCUACACGGGGGGCUGCACGGGGGGCUGCAGGCCGAGGACCCCGCAACACGCGCCGUGGCGGAGGCGGCAAGGAAGGAACUCGCCGACUUCCAGGCCAGAGUCAUGCCGCUGUGCGACGCUCUCGACAACAUGGGCGUGUUGUACGUGGUGUCAGGUCAGAGGUCACAGGAGCAGGUGUUCAAGGACGUGCAGAAAUGCCACGACCACAUCAUCAGGGCCGUCAUCCUGCAGCCUGCGCUCCUCAGCGAUGACAGCAAAGGCUCGUACCGAGAGUACCGCCGCGAGGUUCCCUUCGCCGCCGCCCACCACUUCACCUUCUCCGCCACCGGCGUGCGCUCCAAGAACGCCAAGCACAAACUCCUGCCCCCCAUGCUCUUCGUCCUGGGAGGCCCAGGUUCCAACAAGGGGGCGCUGGUACGCGACAUCAUGUACCUGUACCCCGGGUGGUCCCACAUCGUCGUGGGGGAACUUCUGCGGGAGAUCGUGGGGGAGGUGAACGACGGGGCGCUCCCCCAGGACAUCACCCAGGAGCAGGUGGCCAUGGUGGCUGACCUCAUGGCCAAGGGGGAGCUCAUCAACCAGGACCUGACGCUGCAGGUGCUGGAGCGCAAGGUGCUGCAGCUCUCAGCCUCGGAGGGGAUUGUGGUGGUGGGCUUCCCCAGGGACGUCAUCCAAGCCCAGACCUUCGAGGAGAAGUUCGGCCAGGUGCCCGUGCUAAUCCUGAUCGACUGCUCGGAGCUGGAGUUGGGCCGCAGCCUCGGGCGGCGCGAGGCUCGUCUCGACGACAACGUCAACGGCGCCCACCGCCGCCUGGCGCUCUACAGGAAGGUUACCCUGCCCAUGCUCAGGGCCUUCGACGAGAAGAACAGGCUUAGGAUCAUCGACGGUGACGCCGACGAGGAGCAAGUGGCGCGGGACCUGAAACGGGCCAUUUACGUCGAGACGCAACGGCUGACGGGCCGUUACGAGAACAUGAGCUUAUUGACGGCUGCACUGAUGGACAAAGAGAAGAAUAUGGAGGAUAAAGACUCGUUGGCAACUCUGGACAGUGUUGCCAACAGCCCACGCUGAAAACAAUCAGCGGGCACCCGCCUCGCUGCCCACAACUCACCCGCUUAUUUCCCAUCUUAGUCGCUAAAUCUUAUUAUCUUUGUCAAUCUUCUGCACCGCAUGACUUUAAUUCCUUUUAAUUAAAUAUUUUAUGAUUGCCAUAAUCGCAACUCUGACGAAGAUUGCAAAUCCUACGAUGAGUGUUAAUAUAUUUAAUGAUGUGCUAGAUAUGUACAAAUG